AUAUUACUUCUGAAUACUGUGUUAAAAUUUAGGAAAGAUUUUUUUAAAAGAGAAUAGAAUUAAAAUUAGUAUUUAACAUUGGGAUAUUGCUUUGAUUAGAGCUCAACCAAUUAUAUAUCAAGCAAAUUUUUUUGUUUUCAACUUGUCAAAAGGGUAGAUUUGCUUUUUCUCUCAUUGUUGUUUCAAAAUAUUUAAAAAUUCUAAUCAUUCAAAAUACGCAUUUUUAUUGGGUAUUUUAGUAAGCCAAAAAAAGUGACGGAUUAAUAAGCGGUUAAUAUUGUUUUAAAAUACCAUAUGGACAACUGUAGAAAAUAAUCAGUACAUUUUUGUGGAUAACAAAAUUAGAUAAUGCUUCUCUUGCCCUGUAUUUUUUAAUUUGCCCAAAAGGAAGUGCUAAGAACUAAAGUAAAAAAAAUAAAUUAAAACACCAAACAUACGUAGUCCAAAAAACAUUUUAUUUAAAUAUAAGGAAUAAAAGAAAGUAAGCAUGACUUUUACCAGGCUGUAUGCUAGACCACCUCGCUCUGGACUAAUGACAUGCUUUGCCGCCAGCUGUUUCAAUUAACAAUCAGCUUCAACAGGCUAAAACCCAGCUGGUGAUCAUUCAACACUCACUGGCACAAGAACACAAUGGAUAAGGCUUUUGUCAUUAGAGGUAUGAAAAGCUUUGAGGGUUCGUCGCUGUCAGAGCUCGACAGGAAGUUCUUUGGGGAACAGAGUUUUCCGUCCGCUCUGUCCCCGGAGCAGCUGUCCACGUCCAGAGCGUCCGUCGACACCACGGCCGACUGCUCCGACGGAAGGCCGUGCAUCCCGGCCGCUCACUACCUAUCAGCUGACCCCAUUUCUCCUGCUCUGGGAUCUUCAAUGCACAGAGUGACUCCUCAAGGGACCGACGGGCACCUGGCCGUCCCGUUGCAGGGAAAGUCCUCCACUCCCCAAGUCCACCUUAGAAGGCAGGGGAAAGCUGCUGGAUUUGACCGGUCGUACGGCGAUCUCACCGCAUCUCAAAUGUCGUGGGACGUGUCUUUGAUUAAAUCUGAGAACAGCCCGAAACCGGGCCUCGAGUCCAGCGCUCUGGAGCCAACGUGGAGUCCAAACCCCCACUCCACACAUCACUCAAUAGGGGAUGUGGUGGAUGUGUCUCCCUAA